AUGCUGCUUCCUCAUUGGUUUAUGACGACAUAGGAGUUCAGUUUCCUGUCCCCUCAACAACGUUGGUUUCUCUUCUGGGUGCAAGCAGAUUUAGCUGACUCCUCGAUCGACAGAAUCACCAUCCCAAGGAACAUGGGAAACAGUAUAUCGACAAACUGAAGAUUAAGUGGUUAGGAAGAAACGUACAAACUCCUGGCUAUAGAGCUAUCUAGCACCACUUUUUCACCAAUAUAGUGGUCUACCGAAAUAAAAGCAUUUUAAAAAGAGAUGCCAACCUCUAUGAAAAUGAAACCUUGUAUAUUCAUGUUUGCACCAAUCUCCUCUGAGUUUUGUGAAGAACACUAAACUGAAGACAGCACUCUGUGAAAACUGAGGGAUAACCUAGUUCAUCCUCCAGAGCGCUUUAUCAGCCUUCUGUGACAAUAAGCGUGUGGACUUCUGCACCUUAAAAUCGACUGAUUCCUUUCGUGACUGCCAGGAGCCUGAACCCUGACUUCCACCCAUCGAUACCUGUGUGAAGAUUGAUCUCCAUUCAUCUUUAAGACCAUCGAUGAACCAAUCAGGACGUUUGAAAGCAAAGGAAAACUGACACAGUCUUAGCAAAAGAGAAUUAGGUGUUGAAAGCAAAUCACCAAGAGGCAAGACUCAGUUUGCUGUUUACUGUCAGAACAAAUGUGAUCGGCCCCUUAAGAGGAAGCAAUGAACAGCACGUGCAUCGACGAGCAGCAUGACUUGGAUCACUACUUGUUCCCAGCGGUUUACGUCUUCGUGGUGAUCGUCAGCAUUCCAGCCAACGUCGGUUCUCUGUGUGUGUCUUUUCUGCAGGCGAAGCAAGAAAACGAACUAGGCAUUUACCUCUUCAGCUUAUCCCUCUCGGACCUGCUGUAUGCCUCAACGCUCCCUCUGUGGAUCAAUUACACCUGGAAUAGAGACAACUGGACGCUCUCCCCCGCCCUCUGCAAAGGGAGCGCUUUUCUCAUGUACCUCAACUUCUAUAGCAGCACGGCUUUCCUCACCUGCAUCGCGCUCGAUCGCUACUUGGCAGUGGUCUACCCUCUGCGGUUCUUCUUCCUAAGGUCGAGAAGAUGUGCGUUCAUGGUCAGCCUUGCCAUCUGGAUUUUGGAAACCAUCCUCAACGCGGUUAUUCUGUGGGAAGAUGAAACAGCUGUCGAAUAUUGUGAUGCCAAGAAGUCUAACUUUACUUUAUGCUAUGACAAAUAUCCUUUGGAGAACUGGCAAAUCAGGUUUAACUUUGCUAGGACGUGUAUAGGUUAUAUGAUACCUUUGGUCAUUAUAAUGACUUGCAACAAGAAAGUUUACCAAGCUGUGCGGCAAAAUCAAGCCACGGAAAACAGGGAAAAGAAGAGAAUCAUAAAACUACUGAUCAGUAUCACGUUGACUUUUAUCUUGUGUUUUACCCCCUUUCAUGUGAUGUUGCUGAUUCGCAGCAUUUUGGAGCACAACAUGAACUUAAAAGAACAAAUGUUUGACCAUUCCAAGUCUGGGAAGCAGAGUUAUAAGAUCUAUAGAAUCACAGUUGCAUUAACAAGUUUAAAUUGUGUUGCUGACCCAAUCCUCUACUGCUUCAUAACUGAGACAGGAAGAUCAGAUAUGUGGAAUAUAUUAAAGUUCUUUACUGGGAGGCUUAAUAAAUCAAAAAGACAAAGAAAACGUGUCCUUUCUGUAUCUACCAAAGAUACUAUAGAAUUAGACAUUCUGCAAUAGAACCAAGGUGUAUGUUUUUUAAAGAUAUGUGAUAUUAUGCCAUCAAGAUUAUGUUUUGCAAAGGAAACCCAAACAUGAAAGAAGACAGACUGUUCCCAUUGAGGGACAAUUUUAAUCCUCAUGGAAACAUUUGAACAGUGCGUUGUAUAGCUCCCUGACUUGU